UCCACGAUAAAUACUUUUCACUUAUUAAAGCCAAGGGAGGCGCUUCCUUCUCUCAAUUAUCUCUAGCAACCACCACCACAUCCAUCAUGAAAUGACACCAUGUCUAGGCAAUUGCAAAAAAUUCUUGUGUGCCUCACAGCCUCACCCCCUGACAUUAAAGUGUUUGAUCAAGUCCUCACCCAAACCAUCACAACUGCUUUCAUUCACGCUACACCCACAUGGAAUUGCCUCAUCAGAGCCUUCUCCAGAAGCCCCACCCCCAUCACGGCCAUUCUCAUAUACAACCACUUCAUUAAAGGAAGAUUCGUUUUUCCUGAUAAGUAUACUUAUCCAGCUAUGCUAAAGGCAUGUUGGCGUAUGGGUUCACUUUCAAAGGGCAAAGAAGUACAUGCCCAUGUAACAAAAACAGGUUUGGAUUCUGAUGUUUAUGUGGGGAAUGCUCUGCUUCACUUGUAUGGAUCCACAGGGCAAGUAACCGAUGCCCGUAGGUUGUUUGAUGGGAUGCCUCAUAGAGAUUUAGCAAGUUGGAAUACCCUUCUAGGAGCUUACAAUGACAAUGCAGUUGAAGUACUGGUUUUGUUCAAAAGAAUGAUGUACGAAGGUAUAGGAGGUGAUCACAUCUCUAUGGUGAUUGUGUUCUCAGCUUGUGGAAAGAUAGGAGGGACAGAGUUUGGAAAAGAGGUUCAUGGUUAUGUUAUAAAAGUGGGGAUUAGACCAGCAUUGAGUUUGAGCAAUGCAUUGUUGGGGGUUUACACCAAGUGUGGGGAGAUGGAUGCUGCGCAAAGUCUGUUUGUUGAAAUGGCUGCCAUGAGAGAUGUAGUGUCCCAUACCAUUUUGUUCAAUGGCUAUGUUGAUAUGGGGUCAAUAGAUUUGGCUCGAGGUAUCUUUGAUCAGAUGAGCGUUAAAGACCUUGUUUCAUGGAAUUCGAUGAUUCAUGCAUAUGUCAAGGCAAAGCAUCCAAAGAAGGCUAUAGAACUUUUCAGGAAAAUGGAGAAUGAGAUGGUAGAACCAGAUGAAACCACAAUGGUAAGUGUGCUUGCGGCAUGUGCAAGCUUGGCAGACCUGCAGAAUGGUAGACUAGCUCAUCGAUUUAUAAUCCAAAACAAUCCAAGGCAAGAUCUUUUUGUGGGAACAGCUCUUAUUGACAUGUAUGCAAAGUGUGGGAGUCUAGAGGAGGCCAUGGUCACCUUCUACAAAAUGGAUUCUAGAGAUGUUUUUACAUGGACAACAGCAAUAGAGGGGCUUGCAAAUCAUGGGCAUGGGGAUAAAGCUUUGAGUUUGUUUACCGAAAUGGAAAAACAAGGGAUUAAGCCAAAUCAAGCAACAUUCGUUUCCGUCUUGAUGGCUUGCAGCCGCUCAGGGCUAGUUAAAGAAGGCUGCCUCUUGUUCAAGAGGAUGGUGGAAGCUUACCAAAUCCAACCAAAGAUUGAACACUUGGGUUGUUUGCUUGAUAUCCUGAGCAGAGCAGGGCUUCUGCACCAAGCAGAGGAGUUUAUCAAACUCAUGCCACCCAAGGAAAAGAUCAUAGCUAACAAGACUCUGCUGAGUGCAUGCAUGAAUCAUUUGGAGUACGAUCUUGGGGAGAAGAUUGCCAAUGGACUGACAGAGUUGAGCUCUCAAAGCCAUGCAACUCAUAUCCUGUUAUCUAACUUCUAUGCUCUGGCAGGUCAAUGGGCUGAAGUAGCAAAGACAAGACGAGUAAUGAAAGAGAUUGAUAUAAGAAAGGUUCCAGGGAUCAGCUCUGUCGACAUUAAAACUUAAUAUAGGAAACAAGAUCAAAGAUUGAAGCAGUGGAAUGGAAGAAGAACCUCAUACUUAUGAUGACACUUAUAGCUCAUACAUAGAUUGUCUGGAUAGCACUCCAGAAACUAGAAUGGGAAGUUUAAGUCAAGAAAUUUCAAACAGCAAUCCAGGUUCCAUUCAGAGCAACCUAUGCAUUUUCAAUAGAAAAUUUCCCACAUUUUGGAAUGAAACACAAGUGAAUAUCUAAACU